AGAGAGAGUCGGGCUCACGCCAUCUUGCUCCCCCCCCCCACCCAGUCCGCGCCCAGCCACCCUUUCCCUUUAGACACUCUCAGCCCCCUACCCCGCCCCUUUCCAAGCGUGUCCCGGGCCGCCGCCGCAGAAACCGCACCAUCUCUAUCCCCACAUUCUCCACGCGGGACGCGCAGCCGGGUCUACAAGUGUUCUUAGAACAGAGAUGAAUAACACGGCAGCCAGCCCAAUGUCUACUGCCACUUCAAGUAGUGGAAGAAGUACAGGGAAGUCUAUAAGCUUUGCAGCAGAAUUGCAGAGUAUGAUGUUUUCUCUAGGUGAUUCUAGGAGGCCUCUUCAUGAAACAGCAGUUUUGGUAGAAGAUGUAGUACACACUCAGUUAAUUAACCUGUUACAGCAAGCUGCUGAAGUUUCUCAGCUUCGGGGAGCAAGGGUAAUCUCUGCUGAAGAUCUUCUGUUCUUGAUACGCAAAGAUAAGAAAAAACUUAGAAGACUGCUAAAAUACAUGUUUUUCCGAGACUACAAAUCAAAGAUUGUCAAAGGCAUCGAUGAGGAUGAUCUUCUGGAAGACAAAUUGAGUGGCAGUAAUAAUGCGAACAAAAGACAAAAAAUCGCUCAAGACUUUCUCAACUCUAUAGACCAAACAGGAGAACUCUUGGCAAUGUUUGAAGAUGAUGAAAUUGAUGAAGUUAAACAAGAAAGAAUGGAGAGAGCAGAAAGACAGACUCGAAUUAUGGAUUCAGCUCAAUAUGCAGAAUUCUGUGAAAGUCGACAAUUAAGUUUCUCCAAAAAAGCCUCCAAAUUUCGAGACUGGUUGGACUGCAGCAGUUUGGAGAUAAAGCCCAAUGUCAUCGCUAUGGAAAUUUUAGCAUAUUUAGCGUACGAAACUGUGGCACAGUUAGUGGAUCUGGCUCUUCUUGUGAGGCAGGACAUGGUAACCAAGGCAGGAGACCCCUUCAGCCAUGCCAUUUCUGCCACCUUCAUUCAGUAUCACAGCUCUGCUGAGGGGUCUUGCCUAAGGUCCUACCCAGAGUCUCCUGAGAACACACCUCCUCCUACACCGAGCGCUCCAUCAUCUGGAUCACAGCUCUCAGGGAGAACCACAUCAGGAUCCCUAGGGAAUGGGAGUGCUGGACAAGACUCAGCUAAAACCAAACAAAGGAAAAGAAAAAAGAGCACUGCGGCCUGUGGUGUUGAGGCUCACAGCGAUGCCAUCCAGCCCUGCCACAUCAGAGAGGCCGUUCGACGCUACGGCCACAAGAUUGGCCCCCUUUCCCCAUUCACAACAUCCAGUUUUACUGAUGGUAGCGAUGCUUCUAAGUGGAGACGCGCUACGCGCAGUUCAUCCUCACCCUACACUCCCGCCUCAACAACACGUCCAUCUAGUGCCUACCGCAGGAAUGGGAUGGCUUUUCUGGCCUGCUGAUGUGACUGUGAGUGCGACAACAGGAAAGGCAAUGUUAUAUUAAGGUGAUUUCUGUUCCCCUCCUUGGGCAAAAUAAAAUACAAGGUUACCUUCUCCGCAUCCUUGGGAGUGGGUUGGUUUGUUGGGACUAUCAACUGGCUGACUCCAGCCCUUUUCCAGCCCCCUCAACACUUAGUCUUGUUUACUGGAUGGGCCAUUUAGCCAGUUACUGGCAGGAUGUUUGGGAUGGUGUGUAGGUGGACAAGGAUGCACUUCACACAAUUUUGAAAUUUUAAUUUGGAAUAGAUUUACUGCUCUCAGCUCACAUAACUUAAAAGCAGUGACUUUUUUUUUUUCUCAGUGUUUAGUCUGUGUUUUAUUUGAUGCAUUUUGUAAUCCAGGUUUUGGACAAAGGAAACAAAAGAACAGUCAGUCUUCCCCUUGCACUGUCCCACCAACUCUACCUUCUGACAUUUGAUGUCAGGAUCUACAUGUAUUUUACAGACAAAUGUCCAUCUUAUAAACUCACACUAAUCAAAGACCUAAUUGGCCUGAUGAACUGUCUGUUCCCAUCUUCUCUUCCCUUCACCCCACGUGUAGUAUAUGUGUCAUUUUCAUGGCUUCUUCCCAACUUUCUGAGUAUCUGCCUAUCGUGUGUUUUUCCCCUCGUAGACCCUCUUCCCCAUCUUCAUUUUUCUCCUUCCCCUGUCCCUCCGAUCCCCAGGCCCAGCCCUCACACACACGCUGCACCCAUUUAGAUGCAAAGCGGUUAGAAUCAGUGGAUGGGGAGCCAGGUGAUCUGCUUUCUCCCUCCAAAGCACUAACACCUAGACUGCAAUGUGGGCUGGGCAGUUUCUUGCUGCUAGCAGCUGAGUUAUCCUUCGGGCAUCUAUACUUUCUCCAGUAAACGAGGAACUGUAAUGAAGCAAACCAAAAUAUAGCAGUUAUAUACAGUUCUUGAUUGAACUCGAAUUGCAAAGAAGGAAGUUGUUUCUUUAAUUCUUUAUGAGUUUUGUAUAAUUUUACUUUUAUCGUGGUUUCUACACACACUGAGAUAGCCUUUGUAAAGAAUUAAUAAAAACAGAAAUGAGAAGCAUGAAAGAUUUUCCUCCUGUGACCAAAUCAUAGUGAGGCUCGGUUAAUGUGAUUGUGCCAUGUUAUUCACAUUUGUUAACUAUCACUUACCUGUUCUAUGUUAGUCCUUCUGGAAAAAAUCUUCAUGUCAAGAACAAAAAAAUGCAGAUAUAUAAUAUCAAAAAAUUGCCAAAGGGUUUUGAUGUUCCAUCUGUGCUUGGUGAAAUGUAUGAUUAAACUUUUCUUUUUAUCAUCA